ACUACCAGGAUGCAACCUACUCCUGCUUCCACACAGGAAGAAACACUUCCUGAUGACAGUCCUCCCAGUUCUCAUCCACCCCAGGGUUACUAUCUCACAACUCAAUUUCCUCCUUUAACUACAAAUUCCACUUCUGUUUAUCGUUGUCCUACUUUAACUGCCUUUCUUCACCAGUUAAAUCUCUCUCAAUAUCAUAAUCUGUUUGUUGAAGCUGGAGUUGGCGAAAAUGACCUUGAGCAAUUUAUGGGGUUUGACGAAUCUGAACUAAAAGAA